CCUAACUACGUUCCUCUUCCACCUCCCGGCAGCAGUUUUCUUUUCACUUCGAAGCACCUCUGCUCUCAGAAACUAAACUAAAAGUAUUUCAGCCAAACUAACUCUGCUAAAACUAUGAAAUAAGUAUGAAUAAAGUUAUUAAAUGAAACUGUUCUAGUCUUUAAAUAUUCAUCAAGAAACAUGGAUUCGAUCAUCGAACAACAAAGAUCCUACCAUGAAGAACGAGAAAGGCUGUUGGAUGCAAUGGUCCGAGAAAUGUUGCACAAAAAAAGUUCUUUUCGAGACACAAUCAAUUCUGAUCAUCGGCUCAAAGCUCUACUCGAUCAAUACAUUGAGAGCACCACACAAUUAAAGGAGCUAUAUGAAGACAAAGAUGGCCUGCGAAAAGAGGAAAUAGACGCCAUAACUGAUUCAAACGAUUUCAAUGAAUUUUACAAUAGAUUGAAAGGUAUCAAGGACUUCUACCAUAAGCAUCCAAAUGAGAUCUGUAUUCCGAUGUCAGUGCAGUUUGCACAGGAAGAAAUGCAAGAUAUGGCGGAGUUCACUGAUGAAGAAGGUUAUGGAAAGUAUUUAGAUCUACACGAGUGUUACGAAAAGUACAUCAACCUGAAAGGAAUUGAGAAAGUUGAUUACAUCACAUAUCUGACUACUUUCAAUCAUUUGUAUGAUAUUCCAAAAGAAAGGAAAAAUUCUGAGUACAGGAAGUACCUUGAACUUCUGCUGGACUAUCUCCAUGGUUAUCUUCUGAGGAUCAAACCAUUGUUUGAUGUUGAGGCAGAAAUGGAAGGUGUAGUUAAAGAAUUCAAUGCUCAGUGGGAGAAUGGAACAUUUCCAGGAUGGCCGAAAGAUACAGGGAGUGCUCUGAGUAAUGUGGGAGCUCAUCUUGAUCUAUCUGCAUUUUCCUCCUGGGAAGAGUUAGCAUCAUUGGGUCUUGAUCGACUGAAAUCAGCUUUAGCAGCUUUGGGCCUCAAAUGUGGAGGAACGUUGGAAGAAAGAGCUCAACGGUUAUUCAGUACGAAGGGCAAGAAAUCAUUGGAUCCUUCUCUCAUAGCGAAAAGCAAGCCUGGAAAGAUGAACAAGAACAGAGACGCAGAGCGCCAGCGGGAAUCAGCUCUGCUAGAAGCUCAAAUUUACAGGUUCACAGAAUUAUUAUCUGAGCAAAGGGUUGCAACGAAAGAAAACGUCCAGAGGAAACAAGCCCGAACGGAGGGUGAAAGAGAUGAUUCAGAUUUGGAGGCAAGCGCCUCUGAUAAUGAAGAUGAAGAAGACGAUGAAGAUAUCCCUUACAACCCUAAAAAUCUCCCGCUUGGUUGGGAUGGAAAACCAAUACCCUAUUGGUUGUACAAACUUCAUGGACUUAACAUCAGCUAUAAUUGUGAAAUUUGUGGUAAUUUCACAUACAAAGGCCCAAAGGCAUUCCAAAGACAUUUUGCGGAGUGGAGACACGCUCAUGGGAUGCGCUGCUUAGGUGUGCCGAACACUGCUCACUUCGCAAAUGUGACCCAAAUUGAGGAUGCUUUAGCUUUGUGGGAAAAACUAAAGGUUCAGAAGAAAAAAGAACGAUGGCAACCUGAACAGGAGGAGGAGUACGAAGACUCGCAAGGAAACGUUGUCAACAGGAAAACGUACGAAGAUCUCAAGAGGCAGGGAUUGUUGUAACAUACUUGCACAGCAAUGUUCUUAUACUUUCAUACUGACAAAUUGAGCUCCUUAAUGUCAGCAAUUAUCGUCCGCAUUGAGAGAUCACCGGACUUGGUGUACAUAUAAGUUUUAUAUAAGAAAAGGACUCGAAUUCGAUUUCAUCCCUAUGCCGGAAGUUGAAUCUUGUUCGUUUUUCAUGAGUUUGUAAGGAUUUCAAAAUAAAAUACUUUCUGUCUGUCUCUUAAGCAUA